CCCGCCUUUUUCAUGGGACACCCACAACCGUAAGAUCAACUCUAUCCUCGGCUAGAGUCACUGCCAGCCAUAUUAUAGCACUGAAAAAAUAAUGCCACUAUUUCCUAUUUUGUUAAAGAUUUUUUAAUCGAAAGGCAAGAAAGAUAGCAACCUUUAUACGCAACCUAACUGUGUGCAAGAACACGUCAAACCUAAACACAAAAUGUCUUCAUCUUCCACAACGCGAAGCGCAUCCUGGAUGCCAACUGCCAACUUGAUCAUUGUAGGAUUGGGGAUUCUUAUGAUGGGCUCACCCGCGUCCUGCAUGGAUGUUCUGGUGACUCAGCAGCUCAACGCCCUCAAUGGCACGCUGGUCAAGCUGUCCUGCACCUUCACUUCCUGUUACAAGGUGGACCCCAGCAAGUUUGCCAUGAACUGGACCUACCAAGAGGCACAGAACGACACGGAGGAGCUGUUCAUGACCUACAAACACCGCAUGACCACGCAGAAGACGGAGCGUUUUGGGGACCGGGUGCUGUUUGCUGGGAACCUGGACAAGAACGACGUGUCCGUCACCAUCUCCGACAUACAGCUGGCGGAUAACGGGAUCUACAACUGCUAUGUGCGCAAUCCCCCCGACCGCCAGCAGGGGCAUGGAGUCAUCAAGCUCUCCGUCCUCACAGAAUGUAAGGACUUUGGGGGGGGGGGGGGUUACGUGCCGUCCUGGAGUCUAAUAACUCAGAACCUAAAUAGUUUAAUUGAAUUAAAUAGAUAACCAAAUAUAAACGGAGAAACUCAACUAAUAUUCAUUCUCUUUAGUGAGCUGGAGACACAGUAUAAUUUCUGAGGCACUAACUUGUUGGAUUUAGCAGUACAAGUCGCUUAAGACGUCGAAAUAAAAAAGGUCUUUGGGUAGAUUUAAAAUGAUAAUUGCUUUUCAGGUCAGCUAGGUAAUCGGUUACACGUGGAAAUGGUGGGAGCGGUAUGCAGAUUUCUAAGCGGGGGUGAGUUGACCGAUUGACAUUGCCUUGUGAAGGCUGAAGGUCGCCAUCUUUGCUGAGAGCUUGAUGGACCUCGACGGUCCCUGAAACCCCAGGGUUUGCGCCCCAGUUGGCUGCCAGGCCAUGGUGGUGAUGGGUUAUGAUUAAAAAGAUGACUUACAGAAAAUGUUAUGUAAGCAAUUAUAUAAAAUAUCAUAUAGAUAUAUCUUAUGUUAACUUGAUUAACGUAUCUCUUAGAGUGUACUUUUAAAAGUCUAUAUAUCUAAGUGUAUGCUGUUUCACCCCAUGCCAUGUUCCUGUUGCAAUGUAAGCUAGAGGACAUAGACUCCAGCUGUGGUAUAUAUCAAGUGCUUUAGGGGAUUAGAGGACCUCUAGGCCUGCAUGGUCAGCCUUGGUAUGGACUCCCUGAUCCUAACUGAUGAUUGGCUAAAUGGAAUCUUUGCAUAUGGUGAUUACAUAAAUCUCAUAGGCUGGAACGACAGUUCUUUGUCACUGAAAACUAUAUAAACUCAUAUAUAGGACUUUAUAUUUUUGAAGACCGUACUUGUACCUCUUCCCGACCAGUCGUAUUAUUAAAUUAUAUAAAGGAG